GGAAAAGCGCGGGAGAGGACGAGUGGCCCAGUCCGAACCCUCAGUGGUCGAUGGAACGUGCACGGGUGAGGACGCUCUUCAUUUUCUCUCCGCUCUCUCUCCCACCUCUCUCUCCUCUCCGCUCUCACAAUUUUGGAUGAGAACCACCCACCAAAUGUCUUCACGUGAACCAAAACAGAGAAACAUUUAAAAGGAAAGGAAAAAGAAAGAGAGAAAAAAGAGAGAAAAUAAAGAAAGUGAGAUAGUGAGCGAGUGACACCAAGAUGACCAAGUACUUUGACUUCGUGUGGAGGAAAGAAGUGGACGCCAAACUCCAAGAGGGCGCCGUGUUUGACCGCUGGACUGAGGAGAAGGAAAGUUACGAGUAUGAGCCCAACUGUCUCUUCAAAGUGGACGAGUAUGGCUUCUUCGUCUACUGGAAGAGUGACGGCAAGGAAGGAAAUGUGGCUGAACUAUCACAAGUGUCCGACAUUAGGAGAGGAAAUAUGCCAAAGGAUUACAAGCUGGCGGACAAGCUGAUAACGAAACACGGGCAGGAUGUGGAGGAGAAGAUGUUAACGAUAUGCUCUGGUCUGGAUUAUGUCAACAUUAACUACAACAACGUGGUUUGCAAGACUAAAGACGAGGCUGAUGCUUGGUUAGAAGGGCUACGCAAAAUCUUUCACAACAUUCGAGCAAACAAUAUAUGUCCAGCAAUGUGCCUCAAAAAACACUGGAUGAGGCUGGGUAUGCAGGUGGACGCAGUUGGCAAGAUUCCUGUCAAGCAUUUAGUGAGAACCUUCGCAUCAGGCAAGACUGAGAAAAUGGUGUACUCUUGCUUGGAAGAAAUGGGUCUGCCCUCUGGAAAGGGUGACAGUAUAGACAAGGAUUCGUUCACUUUUGAUAAGUUCUACAAGCUGUACUACACUAUCUGCCCAAGAACUGACAUUGAUGAACUCUACAGCAGCAUCACCAAGACAGACUUCAUCAGCAUGGCACAGCUCAUCAACUUUAUGAAUGAGAAGCAGCGUGAUCCGAGCCUGAACGAGAUCCUGUACCCGCUGUAUGAUGAGAAGAGGUGCACUGAGAUUAUCACCGCCCAUGAGCCCAACAAGGAGAAUGUCGAUAAUAAACGUUUCAGCAAGGACGGCUUCCUGGCUUACCUGAUGUCUGAUGAGAACGCGCCGGUGUUCCUGGACAGACUGGACAUCUACCAGGACAUGGACCAACCGCUGUCCCAUUACUACAUCAACUCCUCCCACAACACUUACCUCUCCGGCAGACAGUUUGGCGGGAAGUCCACUGCAGAGAUGUACCGGCAGACCCUACUGGCUGGAUGCAGAUGCGUUGAAUUGGACUGCUGGGACGGCAAGGGUGAGGAUGAGGAGCCUAUUAUCACCCACGGCAAGGCAAUGUGCACUGAUAUUCUGUUCAAGGAGGCUAUCAUCGCCAUCAGGGACUGCGCCUUCGUCACCUCAGACUACCCUGUUAUUCUGUCCUUCGAGAACCACUGUUGUAAGAAGCAGCAGUACAAAUUGGCCAAGUACUGUGAUGAGUACUUUGGGGAUCUGCUGUCCAAGGAGGCUCUACCCGAUAGCCCGCUCGUCCCCGGCCAGCCGCUGCCGUCCCCGAACCAACUUAAGUACAAGAUCUUAAUCAAAAACAAGCGAUUGAAGGCAGAUGUGGAGAAGCAGGAACUGGAGCUGUUUCUGAAGGGGCAGCUGGACCUGGUGGAUGAUGACGACGCCAAGGAGGACGCGUCACAGGCAUCCGCACAGCCCAAGGAGCCUAAGCCCGAGGAGGCACCAGCAGAAGGUGCAGCACCAGAACCACCAAAGUACUCAGGAACCUCUUUGACGAACAUUCAUCCAUGGCUCUCCUCUAUGAUCAAUUAUGCCCAGCCAGUACACUUUAAUGGCUUCGACGUGGCUGAAGAGAAGAACAUUCAUCACAACAUGUCCUCCUUCUCGGAAACUGUGGGCCUUGGCUACCUGAAGACCCAGGCUAUUGAAUUUGUCAACUACAACAAGAGGCAAAUGUCCAGAAUUUAUCCUAAGGGUGCACGUGUUGACUCCUCUAACUACAUGCCCCAGGUCUUCUGGAAUGCCGGCUGCCAAAUGGUGUCGCUUAACUUCCAAACACCGGAUUUACCAAUGCAGUUGAACCAGGGCAAGUUUGAGUACAAUGGAGGUUGUGGUUACCUGCUCAAACCAGACUUCAUGAGGAGACAAGAUCGUACGUUUGACCCGUUUGCAGAGUCCCCGGUGGAUGGUGUGAUCGCCGCCCAGGUCGCUGUGACGGUCAUCGCAGGUCAGUUCCUCUCGGAUAAGAAAGUUGGAACAUACGUGGAAGUGGACAUGUAUGGUUUGCCCACAGACACCAUACGGAAGGAGUUUAGGACACGUAUGAUUCCUGGCAAUGGUCUUAACCCAAGCUACAGAGAGCCAUUCUUGUUCCGAAAGGUCGUACUCCCGGACUUGGCGGUGCUGCGUUUUGGCGUGUUUGACGAGAACGGGAAGAUGUUAGGCCAGCGAAUUUUACCACUGGACGGAUUGCAGGCUGGAUUUCGUCACAUCUCUCUUAGAACUGAAGGGAACUUUCCAAUGUCCCUUCCUAUGUUGUUUUGUAAUAUAGAACUCAAGAUUUACGUUCCUGAUGGCUUGGGAGACUUGAUGGACGCGUUGUCGGACCCUCGAGCCUUCUUGAGUGCACAGGAGAAGCGAGAGCAGCAGAUGAAGGCGAUGGGGAUUGAGGCUACAGAUAUUGACACCAAGCAGCUGAAGGGUGGCAAAGGAGGUGGUGCCAAGCCUGCUGGUGGUGCUGGAGGGGCCAAGGCUGGGGCAGGGGGCAAGGCUGGUGCAGGGGCCAAGCCAGGUGCUGCUGGGGCCAAGAAGGAGGAGGAGACUGUUGAGUAUGAACCUAUCAACUUGGAGAGCUUACGAACACAGAAGAACUUUUUGAAGGCCACCAAGAAGCAGCAGAAGGAACUGGAGACUUUGAGGAAGAAGCACAUGAAGGAACGCCUCACUAUACAGAAAGGACAGUGCAGUGCUAUUGAGAAGCUGGCCAAGGGAAAGAAGGACGUGAUGGACGACCCUAAGAUCAAGGCGCUAGUGACGGACCAGAUGACACAGUGGUCGGUGAUGAUGGAGAAGCACAGGAAGGAGGAGUGGGAGAUGUUGAAGGAACAUUUGAAGAGCCAGGAGGACAUUCUGAAGAAACUCAUGGAGGAGGAACAGCAAGCCCAGAUCAAGAAGAUGGAAGUCAAACAUGAACAAGAGAACAAGGAAAUGAAGGCAGCCCAAGCAAAGGCAGCCGUGGACACAGCAAAGGACGUGAACGCAGACAAGACCCUGAAGACCAAGGCAGACCGGGACAGGAGGCUGAAGGAGAAGAAUCAGAACAACACCAAGCGAUUUAUUGAGGAGCGGAAAAUCUCGGCCAUGAAGCAAGGCAAACAGAAGGAGAAGCUGAAGAAGGUGCAUGAUGGGCAGAUGGGCCAGCUCUCCAAGGACAUCCAGCUGAUGCUUCUAGAACAAGGUUUCGACUGACGCUAGGCAAUACAGUUUUACGAGAACACGGAGGAAGAAUAUAAAAUGUGGAACAAGAUUGAGUUCUUCUGUUAAGUGUUCCGAGAAAAUGGAACACCUCACCCCCCUUCGCCCGGCCCCGCCCCGCCCUGCCCUGCCCUGCCCUGCCCUGCCCUGCCCUGCCCAGCCCACCCCCCCCGUUACCCAUCGUCUCCCGGCAGAUGAGAGCUGUAGUGGUAGUGGUAGUAGUGGUGGUGGUGGUGGUGGUAGUGGUGUUUUGAUGUGGUUUGUUUUUUCGUGUUUUUUUUUGUGUUUGGUUUGAUUUUUGUGUUUUUUUUUUUUGUUUUUUUU